AUGUGCGAGGCCGCGACCGUAGCAAAACUUAACCAGCCACAACAACAGCCUAAAUCGGCACGGAGCUCGGCUAAACGUAACCGCUCACAGGAUGUGAGUGGACGCGAGGGCAAAAGGAGCAAAUACUCCUCAGCCCAGGGGGCUGAGGACCCUUCAACUAGUGUGACAGCUGCGGCCGCGAGGCGGCUUACAUGGAAGGGCGGUGUUACCCGCUUGGGAUGCUAUUGGGGGUGGCUAUCGGGUAUGGUCGUCAGACACCUCAUAGACAAUAAAGGACCAGCACCUCUCUUCGACUCGGGUGAAAUCUGUCGAGGUUGUAGGGUUAUAAAAUGUGCCAAUCAGUACUCGAAGGAGUUUCUGGAGAAGAGCCUUGCUACGGUUAGCAACACCUGGGAAGGGCUUUCGCUAAAGCUCAUCUCUGCCUCAGAAAUUCCUAGACGACCACGAGUUAGAAUUUGGUUGCCGAAAAUGGAGCUGAACAGUUCGGAAAUUGUACAGUGUCUCAAGCUACAAAAUCCUGAGGUUCCUAUGGAAGACUGGUCUGCCAUCAAAGUAGAGGAGCCUCAGCAACACAGCUCCGCCAUAUUACUGCUGAUUAACAACGAGUCGCUGGAGGCACUCGGAAAUCAGCAGUUUAAACUUCGCUUUGGCCUCAGGCUGGCCAAAGUGAAGGUCUUCCCCGCCUCUGUUGCCCUGGAUGAUGACUUGGAGAGAUUGGGGGACGACACUAAGAAACUGCUCGACGAUGUGCGGUUGUCUGGGACGGACGCAGAUUCUGAACAGGGGGAGCAAUCGUAA